CAAACAUAUAUAGGGGUAUAUAUAUAUAUAUAUUACAUAUAUAUAAAACUAUAUCAAGUUUGGUAGCAAUAACUAGCUGGUAGCAAUGGAGAUUCAAGAAAAUCAACAAGAGUCAUGGUCGGAGACAGAGAGCACGGAAAGUCGAAGCUCGCGAGUGGGCUUCAGCGGGCCUCUGAGUGGACCCUUAGUUUCCACAAAAAGGAACAGCAGCAAGAACAGAAGCGCAAGGUUGAAGGACAACAACGAAGACGACAUGGUGGAGAUAACGUUGGACGUUCGCGACGACUCUGUGUCCGUCCAAAACAUCCGCGGCGGCGACUCCGAGACAGCUUUCCUGGCCAGCCGCCUUGAGAUGAGGCCGUCGUCGCUGUCGGCUCGGCUGAGACAGGUGUCGCAGGAACUGAAGCGCAUGACAUCUUUCAAGGCUUUCGACAAGUUAGAUAGAAGCAAGUCCGGUGCUUCUCGUGCCUUAAAAGGUCUCAAGUUUAUGACCAAAAACGUUGGAACUGAAGGUUGGUCCCAUGUUGAGAAGCGCUUUGAUGAAUUUGCCGUUGAUGGAAAACUGCCCAAGACUCGCUUUGGCCAGUGCAUAGGAAUGAACGAGUCGAAGGAAUUUGCCGGUGAGUUAUUUGAUGCAUUAACUCGUCGUCGAGGCAUAACAUCCGCUUCCGUAACCAAGGAUGAGUUGCGUGAAUUUUGGGACCAAAUUACAGAUCAGAGCUUCGAUUCAAGGCUUCAGAUCUUUUUUGACAUGGUGGACAAGAAUGCUGAUGGACGAAUUACCGAAGAAGAAGUAAAAGAGAUUAUCACAUUAAGCGCUUCAGCUAAUAAGCUGUCAAAAAUACAAGAGCGUGCAGAGGAAUAUGCUGCCCUAAUCAUGGAGGAGCUGGACCCGGCCAACCUUGGAUACAUUGAGCUGUACAACUUGGAAAUGCUUCUUCUGCAAGCCCCAGCACAAUCAACCCACAUAACCACGGAUAGUAGGGUUCUGAGCCAAAUGCUGAGCCAGAAGCUAGUCCCUACCAAAGAGCACAACCCCAUCAAGAGGGGCUUUCGAGCACUGGCAUACUUCGUGGAGGACAAUUGGAAACGUAUUUGGGUCAUAGCCCUUUGGCUUUCAAUUUGCGCAGCACUUUUCACUUGGAAGUUCAUCCAAUACAAGCGCCGUGCCGUGUUCCAUAUCAUGGGCUAUUGUGUCACAACAGCUAAGGGCGGCGCUGAGACCCUCAAGUUCAACAUGGCCUUAAUCUUGUUACCUGUCUGCAGAAACACCAUCACUUGGCUCAGAAGCAGGACCAAGCUAGGAUUGGCUGUUCCCUUUGAUGACAACAUCAACUUUCACAAGGUGAUAGCUUUCGGCAUUGCGAUUGGGGUUGGGUUGCAUGCGAUUUCACAUUUGACAUGUGACUUCCCAAGGUUAUUACACGCUACGGAUGCAGAAUAUGAGCCCAUGAAACCAUUUUUUGGGGAUAAGAGGCCCAACAAUUAUUGGUGGUUCGUGAAAGGGACCGAGGGUUGGACCGGGGUGGUCAUGGUGGUGCUUAUGGCUAUAGCAUUCACUUUGGCACAACCUUGGUUCCGUCGGAACAGGCUAAAACUCCCCAAACUCCUCAAGAAGCUCACCGGUUUCAACGCGUUUUGGUACUCACACCACCUUUUCGUCAUCGUCUAUGUACUUUUUAUCAUUCACGGAUACUUCCUUUACCUCAGCAAAGAAUGGUACAAGAAAUCGACGUGGAUGUAUCUCGCUGUUCCCAUGAUACUAUACGCAUGUGAAAGGCUACUUCGUGCUUUUAGGGCUGGCAACAAAUCCGUGAGGAUUCUCAAGGUUGCAGUGUACCCAGGAAAUGUACUUGCAUUGCAUAUGUCUAAACCACAAGGAUUUAAGUACGCUAGUGGCCAGUAUAUUUACGUUAACUGUUCAGAUGUCUCCCCUUUUGAAUGGCAUCCCUUUUCUAUUACAUCAGCUCCGGGAGAUGACUAUUUAAGCGUUCACAUUCGAACUUUGGGUGAUUGGACAUCACAGCUGAAGGCUGUUUUCGCCAAGGCAUGUCAACCAGCAAAUGAUGACCAAAGUGGUCUUUUACGAGCUGAUAUGUUACAAGGCAACUACAAACCAAGGUAUGCUAAUAUGUCUUUAUUGAUGCCAAGGCUCUUGGUUGAUGGACCUUAUGGAGCUCCGGCACAGGACUACAAAAACUAUGAUGUCCUCCUUCUCGUGGGGCUAGGAAUUGGCGCCACCCCAUUGAUUAGCAUACUCAAAGACGUGCUAAACAACAUUAAGCAACAAGAAGACUCAGAAGAAGGACUGGUGGAAAACGGAGUUAAGAACAACAAGAGAAAACCUUUUGCCACCAAGCGAGCCUAUUUCUACUGGGUUACUCGUGAACAAGGUUCCUUUGAAUGGUUUAAAGGGGUGAUGAAUGAGGUAGCAGAGAAUGACAAGGAAGGAGUAAUUGAGCUUCACAACUAUUGCACAAGUGUGUAUGAAGAAGGAGAUGCUCGCUCGGCUUUGAUCACAAUGCUUCAGUCCAUCCACCAUGCCAAAAAUGGUGUGGACAUAGUUUCAGGGACAAGGGUCAAGUCACAUUUUGCUAGACCCAAUUGGCGUAAUGUCUUCAAACAUACAGCUCUCAAACACCCUGACAAAAGAGUUGGUGUUUUUUACUGUGGUGCGCCCGGAUUGGUUGGGGAACUAAGAAAGCUUUCUCUGGACUUUUCCAGGAAAACCAGCACCAAGUUUGAUUUUCACAAAGAAAACUUCUAGAUUCUUUUCUUAUAGUUCCUUUUUUUUUUUUUUUUUUAAACUGUAACGUCUAUAGUUAUCUAUAGUUGGAUCAUUUUUUGUUGUAGGGGUAUAUAUAUAUAUAGCUAGCUGCAUUUGAUAUAUGGAAUUGUAUAAAUGUAUCAAAAAAUUGUGUUCCACUUUCAAGUAAUAUAAAUUCGUGAUGUUGUA